AUGGCAACAGAUCCAUUGAGAAUGGCCAAUGGGUCAAUGUUGUUCAUUCCUCCAAAUAGUGCCAAUGUAAUCCAGGCAGGACAACUACUCCCUGGUACUGUUACCCAGUCAGAGGGGAUGAUACAAUAUGUAGGACCACAACCUGGAAACACCAACAGCCAACCUGAGCAAAACCCUCAGCAGAGGAUACAGGACAAACUCCGCAAAGUAGAGACCAAGACUCUGGGGGCCAUCCAGAUCAUAAUUGGGCUGAUGCACAUUGGAUUUGGGGGAGUCUCAGCUGUUCUUGUUGGUCUAUACUACAUACCUUUGGCCAUUGUUGGACUUUAUCCAUUCUGGGGUGGACUAUUUUUUAUUGCUUCUGGCUCCCUUUCUGUGUCAGCUGAGAAUCCCAUGGGUGCCUCCUUGGUGAAGUGCAGUGUGGGAAUGAACAUCACAAGUGCUGUCAUGGCAUUAAUUGGCAUGAUUCUAUAUAUAGCUGAGUUGGCUAUAAAUUCACUGUAUUCUUUUCAUCUUUAUUUGUCAGGGGCUGUAGGCUUUGGUCUUGGCGUCAUGCUCUUCUUGUUCAGCUUGCUGGAGUUUUGUAUCACCGUUUGGACUGCACAUUUUGGGUGCCGGGCUACCUGCUACAAAAAUGAGAUGGCCAUGAUUGUUGUGCCCUGCACCAUCACUGCAGCAACACAUCAAGAGGAAAAGGCUACUAACACAAUGGUUUUCAUUCCCCCAACGGAUGCCAAUGUAAUCCAGGCAGGCAAAGUAACCCAUGAUACUGUUAUGCAACCCAAAAUGGCAACACUAUGCACAAGCCAGCUUCUUGGAAGCUUGAACAACCAUCCUCAACAGAACCUUCAGUUUGGCUUAUGGGAAGAACUUCGCAAAGUAGAGAGCAGAACUCUGGGGGCUGUCCAGAUCAUAAUUGGACUGAUACAUAUUGGCUUUGGCAGUGUUUCAACUGUUCUUUGGGAUCAACACAUACACUACAUCCCUUUGGUCACUUAUGGAGCUUACCCAUUCUGGGGUGGACUGUUUUUCAUUGUUUCUGGAUCCCUUUCAGUAUCAGCUGACAGACAUCGGAACACCUGCUUGGUGCAAUGCAGUGUGGGAAUGAACAUCACAAGUGCUAUCAUGGCAUUAAUUGGUGCAGUCUUUUAUACAGCAGAGCUGAUUAUAAAUUUAUAUGAUUUAGAUUACAAUUUGACAGAGUUCAUAGGUUUUGGUCUUGGUCUCCUUCUUCUCAUAUUCAGUUUGCUGGAGUUUUGCAUUACUGUUUCAACUGCUCAUUUUGGAUGCCAGGCAGCCUGCUGCAAAAAUGACAUGGUAAGCAUUUGA